AUGUUGCUGCGCUGCCGUGGCCCCGACGGCACCUUCCGAAUAACCGUCGAGCCCACAACCACAUUUGGCCAGUUGGUAAAAGAUCUACUGCCACAGCUACCCCCCACCGUAAACCCCCAGUCGGUAACCGUCGCGAACUCGCCUAACAAGGAGACGGCGAAGCCCAUCAGGGAGGUGGCACAGUUCAAGAUCGGCUCCGUCGGCCUCAAGCACGGUGACCUCGUCUUUGUCGACUAUCAGCAUGCCAGCUCGGAUGCCGGAUCAGCAGACGGCGCCCCAGUCACGACGACAGCCCGUCUGAGCGGGAAGCCCGUCCUGCCCACCGAAGACGCCCCCGUCGAGCCCAAGAGCGAGCGCAUCACGCGUCCCUGGGAGGUCGUCCGCCAGUCGGCCCUCGACGACCGCCUAGAUCGCCAGGAUGGCAAGAUCCCGCGCGGACAGGGCAGGAUGUGCCGUCACGGCCCCAAGGGCAUGUGCGACUACUGCCAGCCUCUCGACCCGUUCGAUCCGACCUACCUCGAAGAGAAGAAGAUCAAGUACACCUCCUUCCACUCUCACCUACGCAAGGUCAACGCCAAGACGAACAAGCCCGAGCUGGGCGCCUCCUACAUCCCGCCUCUGGCCGAGCCUUUCUACCGCGUCCGACGCGACUGCCCAACCGGCCACCCGCAGUGGCCAGAGGGUAUCUGCACCACGUGCCAGCCGAGCGCCAUCACCCUGAACCCCCAGCCCUUCCGCAUGGUAGACCACGUCGAGUUCUCAUCACCUGCCAUCAUCGACAAUUUCCUCGACGCGUGGCGCAAGACGGGCGCCCAGCGUCUCGGCUACCUCUACGGCUUCUACACAGAGUACCCCGAGGUGCCUCUGGGCAUCAAGGCAGUUGUCGAAGCCAUCUACGAGCCUCCGCAGGUCGACGAACUAGACGGGAUAACGCAGAACGCCUGGGAGAACCAGACCGACGUUGACAACGUCGCCAAGCUCUGCGGUCUCGAGCCGGUGGGCGUCGUCUGGACUGACCUGAUAGAUUCCGGUCGCGGAGACGGAUCCGUGCUCUGCAAACGCCAUGCCGACUCAUACUUCCUUUCUUCGCUAGAGAUCUGCUUCUCGGCGAGGCUGCAGGCGCAGCACCCCAAGGCGUGCAAGUGGAGCGAGUCGGCCAGGUUUGGAUCCAGCUUCGUCACCUGCGUCAUCUCAGGCGACGAGGAGAGCCAGAUUGCCGUCUCGUCGUACCAGGUGUCCAACGACGCCGUCGAGAUGGUGCGCGCCGACAUCGUCGAGCCGUCGGCCGACCCCAACGCCAUGCUCGUGCGCGACGAGGAGGAGGACGACGGUUCCGCCAGCCGCACCCGAUACAUCCCCGAGGUCUUCUACCGCAAGGUCAACGAGUACGGGGCCAACGUCCAGGAGAACGCCAAGCCGGCCUUCCCCGUGGAGUACCUCUUCGUCACACUAACCCACGGGUUCCCGGCGCAGCCGAAACCCAUGUUCACCCAGACAGGCUUCCCCAUCGAGAACCGCGAGCAGAUCGGCGAGAGCCAGGAACCCAGAGCCAUCGCCAAGGCUCUCUCCGGCGCCGCGACGUCGCAGGACGCCCGGGAAACGUCCAACUUUCAUCUCCUCUGCGCUAUCCUCCAGAUGGGCAUCCUGUCCAAGGUAGGUACCCGUCCCAUCGCAGACACUCCUCCUCCCGGUCUUGCAGGACAAGAAAGAGGACUAACAAAUCCUCCUCUUCCCCCGCCUACCCAGGACGAGGCAUCCCUCCUCUGCCGCGUCGCAAGCCAGCACGACCUGGCCGGGUCGCUCCAACUCCGAUCCACCGAGGGCUGGCAGAACCUGCUGGCCAUUCUUGAAACGACUGGUGAGCGAAUCCCCAAGCGUCGGCGGGAGCGUGACCAACAAGAUGCUCGCGCUGCUGCUUCCUCUCCCACCAAUUCCAACUCCAACUCCCGAAACCUCCCCGUCUCACGGGACUCGGGUGAGCCACUUGCUAAGAGAUUUGCUGCCUUCAGGCUGAAUGAGCGUCGUACACUCGGUGGUGAUGACCGGUCAAGCCGGCCAGCGGACAAGGACAAGGGUCGGGACAAGGACAAGAGUCGGGACCAUGAUGAGAAGAAGACGCCGGGAUAG